CACAUUUCAAACACGCACUCGACCAUCUACCAAAACAUACAAACAUACAUCUAUACAAUAGCAUACUUACGCAUUUACAGCAAUUACAUCAAAGUGUUUGGACGCGUGUGGUAAUCAUAGAGCUGCACUCGCUGGCCUACUAACUAUAUCCUUCCCUCUCUCUUUCUCUCUCUCUCGUCUUCCAACUCAAAACUGUUAAUGCACUGAAAUCACGCAAAAUGUGUCAAAUCAAUCAAUUAAAAUGUGAGCGCAAUAAAAAAUACUAAGUACCAACUACCUUACCUACCUACCAACAAAAUAAUAAUAAUCGUUACUACUCGUUAAUCCCUCUAGUCGUUCGUUUGUUCAUCAAGUGUUUUGAAUUUCCUUUGCUAUGCCCUAUUAGUCCUGCAUAUAAUUAACCUUUCCACAAGUUAAUACUACUUCAUCAACAUUACUAACGAGAAAAAAAAAAACAAACAACUUAUCCGUUUGCUAUUCCCGUGUUUGAGGAUGUACUAGUUGCGUUUCUGAUUUGUUAAUUACAUCCAAACACUACAAAUUAAAAACAAACAGUUCGUUAAUUCGUGAUGUUAGUUGAAUUGCUCGCAUAAAAAAUAAAAUUGAAUAAAAUGAAAAAAAAAACAAUAGAAAAACAAUUUGUUGUUCGUUCGUUUAUACUAACUGACAUUUCCUGAAUCCUUCUACUAUAUCUAAAACUAUACUACUCGUUCUUAUUCUUCUACAUACACGAUUAAUUAAAUAUAUACAUAAUAUAUACAAAAAAUAAAUCGUCUGCUUUGUAUCUUCCCCACAACUACUACAACAACAAUAACAAUAACAACCAAUACAAAAUCAAUCGUCGUACACGACCGCUUAAUGAAUUAAGGUCUCAACCCAUCCUAUAUUAUUUAUGUGAAACCAUUAAUUUUUAUGUUCAUUGGCAAUAAUAAUGGUAAGCACAACUACAACAACAACAAUUGCUGCUGGACAACCAACGAGUAGCUCAAAUCAUCAUCCACAUCAACAGCAACAAGCAACGGCGGCGACACUAGGCUCGACCGCAACCGCAGCUGCAACCGCAAACAAUUCCAAUUACCAGAGAUCAGCAUCCGAGCAGCAACAACAACAACAACAUCAGCACACACAAUCGUAUCACCAUCCAUCAUCGUCAACAUCGUCGUCGACAACGACACAUAACAGCUAUUAUAACUCAUUAGCAUUAAAUGGUGUUGGUAGUAAUAAUAACAAUAACAACAGCACCAGCAGAAGCAAUAGCAACGGCAGCAACGUCAAAAACAGAGUUGCGGCUAAAACCGUUUCACUAAGUGGUCUCACCCCCGCAACGGGGCAAGCGAGUGAUGCUGACGUUGGCGUAGACUACCACCAUUCAUCUCAUUACUCGUCGCGACCUUCGUCAUUGUACAACGGUAGUGGCAAUAUUGCUGGCGACGACCAGACUAGCAACAGCAGUUCUCCCACAACAACAAUAACGCCUGCGGCGGAGGAGGAAACCGCAAACGUAGAGGAGCAACAGCCACAGAGCCAUGAAUCGACAGCAGUCACAAAGUCGCCAACAACAGCAACAACAACUGUAAAUUUUUCGCAAGCGCUUCUUUCCACCUCACCGCCGCUGCUGAACGAUCAAAUAUCGCUAUUAUUUCCGAAGUGUCGACCACGUCAAUUGUCACCAAAUAGCAACGCCGCAACCAGUCGCAGCGACAACAUUCAGAGCAAAAGUCAUAGUAGCUGUGAUAGCGAAGCCUUAAACGCCACGCGCGCACUAUCGAAGAACGAAGAGUACACACCCAGCACGCCAGUUGGUAGUCAUAAAAAACGCUUGAACCCGAAAUUUGAACAAGACGUGUGCGACAACGAGUCCACAGUGAACAUCAGGGUUGAAACAGCAGCAGCAGCAACAGCACCAACACCAACACCACUGCCGUCAGUGCCGGUGCCAGUGGCGGCGACCACGACAACCAACUACUACAAAAGCGUCAAUAUUAUCACACAAUCACCACCACCGCCCUCAACGUCUUCGGUGUCAUCCGAGUCGCUGUCGUCGGUGACCCCACGUAUUUCGACAAAUCCGUUUCUUAGUCAUACAGGCAGCGUGGAGAGAAAACCACUUGAGCGCGCAGCUCGCCAUCAACACAGAAACAGCGAGGAAGAGAAACAAGCAUUGAGCACACGUCGUACGCGCAACGAUAAAGGCGGCGGCGAUCUCUAUAACGAACACGGCAUCUGCAGCGACGAGAUCGAGGUCGAAAAUAUUAACGAUAACGGUAUCGCUGAAGACGAAGACGAAGAGCUACCCGUGCCCUCGUAUCCGCCUACAUUCUACUACCACACCGAAACGAAACAUUCGCAGUCACAAGCGCGGCAGCGCCAACAUCAAACCGGCGACAGCAGCAACAGUUACGAAAUGCCACGUAAGCGCGCCAGUUAUGGCACGCACCACCACCCCACCCAGCAGCCGUACACGCAUAUUACGAGCUCAGCGGCGCAACAGCAGCAGCCACAGCAUCAGCCAGUCCAACUGUUACAACAACACAAGCAAGCCAACCAUGGCGCGAACGUAACAACGGGCAGCUUUAAUCAGAAUCCAUUUAUAAGAGAUGGCAACUACUGGGAUACAGUGCGUCAUAAUGCCACAAAUGAAGCAGCAGCAACGGCGGCGCAUAUCACUAAUGAUACUGAACAUGCGACUUCACCGCCCAGCUACAAUGACAUAGGCGAUGCGGAGUCCCACAACAUAACAACUUCUGUCAGCACUCAAUCAACCACAUUCGGUUCCACGUCCACGACAACAAAACCAGUUGAUAUCGCAGCAACCAAAAUAACCGCGCGACGGUCGCAUUACCAGCAACAGCCUUACACAAAUAGUGUUCCUCCCCGGCAACACCAUCCUCCGGCAGCGCAGCGCCCACAAUCACAACACAUCAGCCGUCUUGCUCGCGCCAUAACGGAACCCGACGCCGCUGGUGGGCAAUAUGCUGAAAUGGGUACAAAACACGGUCAUAACUAUAAGCAACAGCAAAUGCAGCAGCAGCAACAGCAACAGCAACAGCAACAAAGUGGUCUGCAUGCCGUACAAAAUUCAUGCGCUGAAGGUCUCACACCGAUCGCUAGUCAUUAUUUGUAUGGGAGCAAAACGUCGUUGGACCUGCAACCGCAACAGCAGCAACAUGUCAUUAGUGUCAGCGAUAAUAGUAUACUUGUCGAGCGCGAGAUAAGGGAGCGCGAUAGAGAACAACGGGAACAACGGAAGGCGGCAGCAGCUUAUGUGGGUGAUUGGGAAAGGGAAAGAGAACGCGAACAUGAGCGCGAGCACGAACGGGAACGGGAACGUGGUCGCGAGCGAGAAUGGCAGCUAGAGUUGAGUGAGCGAGAAAAUGAAAGAAAAAUGCAACGAGAACGAGAAAAAGAAAAGGAAAGAUCAAACGUGGGAGAACGUGAACGUGAUUUUGAAAGAGAACAAGGCCGUUGCAGUGAUGUCUAUGCGGGUGAACCGCAACAGUACCAGCCUGUAAAACACCGGAACUCCAGGAAGCACAGCAACGUCGCCAAUACAAACGGACAUUCUGUGGCUAAUAAUGGGGAAAUGGUGGUAUUCGACGAUAUCGCCGAAAGUUGGCAAAAUUUGAGAGUAACAACCGACACAAGCGCCCCAACAAUACCACCAGCUAUGACUCGACACCAGCUACAGCAGCAGCAGCAACAAAAGCACCACAGACAACCCACAUCCUUGACACUGGUUGACGACGACAAAGAUGAAUACGCUGAACAAGUCGUCAACAACCACGGCGAUGUGGAGGUGACAGGAAGUCACAACACUAGCAACAAUGGCACGUCAAUAAUGUACAAGGAUCAUCCAAAGAGAUACUUGGAUCGAAGUGGCUACACAAUGCACGCAGUGGAAACGCGACACGGCAUCAUAGAGUACGAGGGUUCACCACGCCGCAUUGGCGGACAGACAAGUGGCGUUGCGCCCACUGCUGAUGAUGAUAAGCAGGCCGAGGAUGCGGUAGCAGCGGUAGUGGCAGAUGCAGAUGCAGAAGAGAUAGCAGAAGAUGUAGAUGUGGGACUGUCAUUGCAGCCGAAUUCGGUGCACGUACAGCAAAAGCGCUUGACAAAGACCACUGCAGCGGCAACAAGCUCCAACAAUGGCGCUGGUGGCAACAGCCAACAUACGACUACAACAACAACAACAACCACGCACAAUUCACCACAGCAACAAUAUCCGGCGCGUCCCGGCUUUCCGCAGCGCAUUAUUUCACCGCCACGCGAGAGUACUCCACCAAUUAUGCUGCUAAGUCAUAAUAAUUCUAAACACCAACAACAGCAGCUGCCGGAUUAUCAAUACCAGCAGCAACCACAAGCGUUACAACAGCGGCAAUCCUCGCCGCCAACAGCUUGCACUUUGGACAAUAACGCCGAGGAUACGAGCAAUGAUGUCUCUGAGAUUGGCACAAUAUCCGACUUGACCACACCGGAAGCUAUAUCUGCAACGGGUGUGCCAACAACGCUCACCUGCACCACCGAUUCACCGGCGCUUAAUGUGGCGAAUUCCGCAGCCAUGCCGCCACCAAGUACAAGCGCAAUGGCAGCGUGCAAGCCUGUGACGACAAUUAGCAGCAACGCCUUUAGCAUACCAACAAAGUCUUCGACGUUCGACUACCUCUAUGAAUUCUCCGAGACGCGCAAAGUGCUCGAAGAGUUCUUCAAGUGUCCCUCGAUAGACGAUCGACCGAUUGAGAAUGGAAGCGACGUUGAUAGUAUCGACAUUCAAUACGAAUUCCAUAGCAAUUUGGAUCGCGGUGACGAUGAUGAGUUAGACUCGCACUCAAAUUUAAAUGUAGACGCCGAAGACGAAGACGAUGAAGAAGAAGAUGAUGACGACGACGAUGAUGAUGGACUAAUGGGUGUGGAUAUGGAUGACAUACAUCCACAGCAAAACCAUCACCACCAUCACCAGCUACAGCAACAACAUAACAACCAAAUGCGACAGCUGCAAACAACAUUGCAACAACGCAACAAUCCGCGCGAUACGCAGUCACAUUUGCAAACAUCACCAACACCAACAGCGACAUAUCGUCUUCAGGCGCAACAGCAACAGCAACAACAACAACAACAACAACAGGAAAAACAACAUACGCAAUACCUGCAACAGCAACCAUUACAACAAUUACAAACCCAACAAGAAGAAACGCAGAGAACAACAACAACAACAACAACAACAAAUAAUCAUCGCGCACGUCUUCAUCAUCGGCAGCAACAACAAACUACCAACAACAGCAACAUCACCAGCAGCAAUAACAGCAAUAGCAAUAGCAAUAGCAAUGUUUACAAUAAUUCGGUGCAUGCACAUCGGCGACGCUUUACCGCCAGUCCAUUGAUGCGUGACUUUGAUUUCUUCCUGGACUCGGCUAGUCGUAGUAGCGGCGAGCAAUUGGAUCAACAAGAUGGUGUCAAUCACAAUCAGUUAGAAACGCCGAGCACUUACCGUUAUUCACCCGAGACAACAGACUACGAUUCGAAUUGUGGAGAUUUGGAUAGUCUCUCUGGUGAAAUAAACGGUGUCUCAACAUCAUGUUCGAACUACACAAAGUACUAUGCCUCCAGCAUGCCUGUACUUGAGGAUGGUCUCUCCUCCGGACACACCUCCGACACGGAGAACAACAACCAAAAUAAUCUGAAUAGCAACAUGCAACAGCCGAGCGCCGCGACAUCCCACAAUCUCGUCGGUAGUGGUGGCAUUUCGAUGUUGAUGGACACGAAACGCUUGUCCACCAACAACAGCAUCAAUAGCAUGAACAAUCUGACGAUCUCAACGACCGAUGGUGGUGUAGGUGGUGUUGGCGGGGAGCCAAGAAACAACUCGAUAUCGUCAAAUAUUGUUCAUGAUACAAUGUACUUACAUAGAGACGAUAGUCCCACGCCAACACCUGGUUUGCACGAAGAUUCUGGGCGUGAAUCGGUGCGUUCGGCCACGAAGCGUGAUGGACGCGUUGGUGAACGCGAGCUGCUGGGACAGAGUCCAACAAAUAACAGCAACAAUAAAGUAUUCAAGAAUAUUGAUCCCGAACUGGAUUCGCUUUACUCGAUAAGCAUUUUCCAUCGCCCCGAUAUGGUGCAGAUGACGCCACCACCGCCUGCACCAGCCCCGCAUCGCAAGCCGAAUAUACUAAGCCCUGAACCGGAGAUCUUGCAACCCACUCCCUACAAGGACAACCUACACUCUGCACCACCACCACCCAGCGCCACAUCGCCCAUCAGUAGUGCACUCGUUCCGACAGUCGGUAUCAACUCCAACAGUGGUGUCACAUCUGUGGCUUCGGCUAUCAGCUCAACGCUGAAUCGCAGCAAAUUACACACACAGCAUCAGAGUGGCGUUGGCCUCAGCACCGCACAACGCACCAACCAAUCGCACGCUCAGUCACAGCCGCCACCGCAGCCACAGUCAACCCAGUCAUUGCCAGCAACGCAGACCCACUCGCAAUUGCAGCCACCACCGCCUCCAAUACCCGAGCGCAGCAUACCGCGCACACCUUCGCCUGUGAUGAAUUCGCCUGUUUGGCUGCCCCGUAAUCUGGAUAAUAGCGCAAAAAAAAGUCUACUCGCUUCCUCGCCUGGACAUCACUCGAAGAAUCUGAGCGCAGACGAAGAUGAUGUCGACACUGAUCUCGAAACAGAUCGACUGCUCGGCCAUCAACGGCUAGACGAUCAGGGUUACUAUGAUGAAAACAAAUCGUGGGAGUCACGUAAGCCGCGCUCCUCGCUACUUUCGAAAAUCUCGCCCAAGCAGCAAAUGGCGAGCACUAAAACACGCAAUGGCUAUAAUGCUUUGCUCACGACCACACCCGAAAUCCCACCGCCGAUACCACCGAAGAACUCGACUAGCAAACUGCUCGACAUUGACGGUUCCAUAUCAUCAUCCGAGCACAGCGACAAGUCGCCAAUCAAGUCGAUCGAUGCACAAGACUGCGUAGUCACAAUGGGCAGCCCGGGUGGCUCGGAUGGCUCCGCUUGCAUCAGCGGUAACUCGAAGAAAGAGCUCGAUCUCUCGACGAUCAACUCAAACGGUCUGCCGAAUAGCGGCGGCAGCAAUAGUGGCAGUGGCAGCGGUAACUGUAGUGGAGGUGGUAGUGGUGGUGUUGGCCUUGUUGGCACUGGCAAUGCGAAUGGCAGUGUUGGUGGCGGUGGUAGUGGCAAUGGCAGCGGUGUUGGUGGUGGCGGUGGUGGUCACAGCAGCUCCGCUGGCUCCAACAGCACUAGCGGCGAGAAAAAAGUCAAAAAGAGUAAGAACAAAGAAGGUGGCGCAGUGCUUAUUGAGGGUGUACUCUUUCGCGCCAAAUAUCUGGGUUCCACACAGCUGGUUUGUGAGGGUCAACCUACGAAAUCGACGCGCAUGAUGCAAGCCGAAGAGGCGGUCUCACGCAUAAAGGCUUUGGCACCCGAUGGCGAUGUACAACCUAGCACCGAGGUGGACCUCUUCAUAUCAACCGAAAAAAUAAUGGUACUCAACACAGACCUCAAGGAAAUCAUGAUGGACCAUGCGCUGCGCACCAUCUCCUACAUCGCAGACAUUGGCGAUUUGGUUGUGUUGAUGGCACGCCGCCGCUUCGUGCCGCAGGACAUUGAUGAUGCGCCCAAGCCGAAUCGCACACCCAAAAUGAUCUGUCAUGUCUUCGAGAGUGAUGAAGCGCAAUUCAUAGCACAAUCAAUUGGACAGGCCUUCCAGGUGGCCUACAUGGAGUUCCUUAAAGCAAAUGGAAUUGAGGAUCAUAGUUUUGUCAAGGAAAUGGACUAUCAAGAAGUGCUCAACAGUCAGGAGAUUUUCGGCGAUGAACUGGAAAUUUUCGCCAAAAAGGAGCUGCAGAAGGAAGUGGUCGUUCCUAAGGCAAAGGGCGAGAUAUUGGGUGUAGUGAUUGUGGAAAGCGGUUGGGGUUCAAUGCUGCCAACUGUGGUCAUUGCGAAUCUUAUGUCGUCCGGUGCUGCGGCGCGUUGUGGUCAAUUGAAUAUUGGCGAUCAGUUGAUUGCCAUCAAUGGGCUAAGUUUGGUGGGGCUACCGUUAUCCACGUGUCAAACGUACAUAAAGAAUACCAAAAAUCAAACGGUAGUCAAAUUUACAGUAGUGCCAUGCGCACCUGUAGUCGAGGUUAAAAUCAAACGACCCAAUACCAAGUACCAACUCGGUUUCAGUGUACAAAAUGGUGUGAUUUGCAGUUUGCUACGUGGUGGCAUCGCUGAGCGUGGCGGUGUGCGCGUGGGGCAUCGCAUAAUUGAAAUCAAUAACCAAAGUGUGGUCGCAGUGCCACAUGAGAAGAUCGUCAAUCUGCUAGCGACUUCUGUGGGCGAGAUUCUAAUGAAAACUAUGCCAACAUCAAUGUUCCGAUUACUUACCGGCCAGGAGAAUCCAAUCUAUAUUUAAAGCGAGCGGCUUAAACUGGCUAAAACGUAUACAUACAUAAAUACUUACAACUUUAAAUGAAUACUUAUAUAAACAAGUACUUAUAAAUUAUAUUUAGUUACAAGUCACUUUUAGCAAUUUAAGCGAAACUUCACACCUGUAUUUCCAAAAAAAAAAUAAUAAUACUAAUAAAAAAAUAAAUAAAAAAGUUAAAAAGUGGUUAAAUAAACAAAUGUAAAUUGCAGUUUGUUAACUAUAUUAAAAUAACAACAACAACAAAUUUAGCAAAUGGAAUUAGCAAACUGUUCAUUAACAUAAAAUUGCAUACAUAUAAAUAAAAUGCAUACAUUAGAUGAAGCAAAUUGGCAAAAGUGAAAUGGAGUUGAAAAAAAAAAUACUCACGGCAUUUCGAACACAGAAAAUUCAGAAUUACAUAAGUUUAAACAAAAUAGCAAGCUAACUGUAAAUUUUAAGCAUUCACAAAAAUAAGAAGGAAUUAAACGUUUAAAUAACAAAAAAAAAAUUAAAUAUAAAAUAUAUGUAUGUAUAAAAAAUAAAUAUAAAAAACUAUUUCUAUAUGUACUUUACUCAGUUAGCUGCCUAAAAAACUAGCGCUCUCUGCUAUGGCAUUACGCCAAACACAUUCAAACACACACAUAUGCAAUUGAAUUACAUUUAUAUAUUCGUAAAAAAUAUGCGAUAAAGUAAUAAAAACAUGGACAUUAAAGACAAGAACUCGCAUUUUACAUAAAUACAUGCAUACCACUGCGCAGGCAUAUAGCUAAACCAAAACUAAGAAAAAAUAAGUUAGUUAUUAAAAAAAAGUAUAAAAAAAUUAGUUUAGUUAUACUAAUUGUUAGAGUACUUAAAUAGUGUUGAGCGAUACAUACUACAUACAGAUAUACAAAAAUACAUACAUACUUGCAUAUUUAAAAACAUACACACAUAAUACUUGAGGACUA